UCUGGGUUCCGUACCGAAUCGACUUGAGUCUGGGUUGCCGUUGUUCUGGGCUGUGUGGGAUUUCGCCGCACCUCUUGAGAGGUAAUUGGUGUCGCAGACCUGGAACCCACGCCAGCGUGGACUAGAACUGCGUUUACACCCUGGUAUCAACGAUUUUUCUGCUAUCGCCUGUGUCCACACUCCAGGCUCACUUCAGACCCAAAUAUCCGUACGUGCAGCUUUGUGCUUGCUAGUCCAACCUGGGUCUCUAAGAGUCUUCGCUCUGAUUGCUUAUCCAAAAGUUAUAAAGUUCUGAACUCUCAAAAUGGAGAAGGAGGUUCUUAAAAGUUUUUCAAUGUACCACCGUCCCCCAAACAAAAUACUAGAAGGAUCGAUGAGGAGAGAAAAUUGUCUUUGUAUUGAUAGAGAAAAAAGUCACCGAGUGAAGGUUACAGCAGGACCCUGGACUAAGCGCUAGUACGAAUAAGAAGUUAGUGUUCUGAGUUAUGUUCUUUGUCCUUCUGACUUCCUUGCAGCUCCCAAAAGAUGCUGGUACUGGUCUUGACAUCCAAACUGCAGGACCCACUAGCGAAUGCCACCCUAAGAGAAAUUCCAGCCCUCAUCUUCUGUUAAACAAAAAGACUCUGAAGGACAUAGCACUCCAAACAUGAGCUCCUCCAGGCCCCAGCACCAUGCGUCAUUGCCUAUGGAAAUAUAUCAUAGUUGUUGUGUCCUUAAUCUUCCUGAGCUUCUUCCUCCAAGAGAAUAAUGAAGAGCAUCUUACAUACAACUUAUCAUUGCAGGAGGAAAAGAAGAAAAUACUGUGGCAGCUCAAUCAGGACCAAAUGAUCUCUGAGAGCAGAAACCAUCUAGAGAACUUCAAGGACAUGCAGAAAGCCUCCCCUUUACUCCAACAGGCCAAGUACAAAUUGCUGGCUGGAUCCCCUCCCCAGGAAAAGAAACUGCUGACCAUAGGGAUUUCCUCAGAGCAACACCCUAAUGGGAGCUACCUCUUGGACACCCUGCGGUCCCUGUUCCAAGCUUCCUCAGAACACGAGCUGAAUUGUAUCGUGGUGCUGGUCCACCUGUCAGAUCCCGACCCCGAAUGGCUCAGACGAACAGUUGCCAAUAUUUCAGACCUCUUCAAGCCACGUAUUGAGACCCAGAAGCUGCUCGUGAUCCACGGUCGUCUCGGUGACUCUCCUCUCCCAGGAGAUCGGAAUAAUGUUAGUCGCACCUCACGCUGUGAAGCACAUUAUUCCAGGCAGAAAGUCCAUUAUGCCCUCCUCAUGAACUUUGCUAUCAACCUCUCUGAAUACUUUCUGAUGAUGGAAGAUUAUGUUUACUGCACUUCCAAAUUUAUUUCUACCAUCUAUUGGGCAUUAUCAGCCUGGAAAGAACUACCUUGGGCGAUCCUGGAGUUCUCCAGCCUAAGCCUCUCUGGGAAAGUUUUCCACACCAGUGACCUCUCCCGCCUGGCCUCUCUCUUUCUCCUUUUCCAUAAGGAUAUUCCCAUUUACUUGUUUCUCUCUGAAUUCCGCCUUCUCUUGGCCCAGAAUGUUCCAAUUCGUUUCAGUCCCUCAGUCUUCUUCCACAUAGGCAAGUAUCCUGCGUUUGAGGACACAUGCUUUCCUGUGGAGAAGGAGAAGGUGUUUGGUGAACCAGACAACCCCGUUGCCAGCAUCCUCACUGACAUGAUGGCAGAAAUGAAUGGUAUUCCACAAUACGCUUAUACUCUGAACGAAGAGUGCUACUCUACUCUCAAUCCUGUAAGAGGCAACUACCUGACAGUGAUUUUGGAGAAGCCACAAAAAGUCAUCCGGAUAGAGGUCCUGACAGGUUCUGACAAAAAAGGGCUGUAUUGGCUACAGCAGGGGCAAGUGGAGCUGGGCUAUGAUCCCUUGGAGAAUUCCAGAGGCUGCACCCACUAUACCCUUUUAGGUCCACUGGUGGAAGGAAAUUUAGACCAGAGGGUGUUUUAUGAAGAAGAUUCUGUGGAGGAGUUGAGUUGUAUACGACUCCUUGUGCUAGCCUCUCAAGAGUCUUAGUUCCUGAUCAGACAGAUCAAAGUCUGGACUCAGCAUGAGGAAGAGGAGAGUUAUUACAAUGGGAAUUCUGGAAAGGUGGGGUUUGGGAAUGGAAUCGACAUGGCCGAUCAGAAAUAAAGCCGAAAUUGAUCAAGGCCUGCUCCUUC